AGUGUCAAACUUGACAUCAGCCUGCGAGCGGAGCAUGGUAACUUCUCCAGCAAUCAGAGCGCUCCCCCUCACAUCAGUGGCAUGCUUCAUGGAGAUAUGCUCCUCUCACUGCCCUCUGCACCAGCAACAUGGAUUGUCACCUCUCCAUCCUCCUCCUUCUCAGCAGCUCUAUUCUCAACUGCUUCGGGGAACUGACUCUCCCACCUUCCAAUGAAGUCAAUCUACUGGAUUCGAAAACAAUUCAAGGGGAGCUGGGCUGGAUCUCUUACCCAUCACAUGGGUGGGAAGAAAUCAGUGGUGUUGAUGAACAUUACACGCCCAUCAGGACUUACCAGGUGUGCAAUGUCAUGGACCACAGUCAGAAUAAUUGGCUGAGGACAAACUGGGUCCCCAGGAACUCAGCUCAGAAGAUCUAUGUGGAGCUCAAGUUCACGCUACGGGACUGCAAUAGCAUUCCGUUGGUGUUGGGAACUUGCAAGGAGACUUUCAACCUGUACUACAUGGAGUCUGAUGAGGAUCACGGGGUCAAGUUCCGAGAGCAUCAGUUUACAAAGAUUGACACCAUUGCAGCUGAUGAAAGUUUCACUCAAAUGGAUCUCGGGGACCGUAUUCUUAAACUGAACACUGAGGUUAGAGAAGUAGGUCCUGUCAACAAGAAGGGAUUUUACUUGGCUUUUCAAGAUGUUGGAGCUUGUGUUGCCUUGGUGUCUGUGCGAGUAUACUUCAAAAAGUGCCCAUUCACAGUGAAGAAUCUGGCUAUGUUUCCAGACACCGUACCCAUGGAUUCCCAGUCCUUGGUUGAGGUGCGAGGGUCAUGUGUUAACAAUUCCAAGGAGGAAGACCCCCCCAGGAUGUACUGCAGUACAGAAGGCGAAUGGCUUGUACCUAUUGGCAAGUGCUCCUGUGAUGCUGGAUAUGAAGAGAGAGGUUCUGUGUGCCAAGCUUGUCAACCGGGUUUCUACAAGGCUUUGGAUGGUAAUAUGAAGUGCGCUAAGUGCCCACCUCACAGUUCUACUCAAGAAGAUGGUUCAGUGAACUGCAGGUGUGAGAAUAAUUACUUCCGAGCAGACAAAGACCCUCCAUCCAUGGCUUGUACCCGACCUCCAUCUGCACCAAGAAAUGUUAUCUCUAAUAUAAACGAGACCUCGGUUAUCCUGGACUGGAGUUGGCCCCUGGACACAGGAGGCCGGAAAGAUGUUACCUUCAACAUCAUAUGUAAAAAAUGUGGGUGGAAUGUAAAACAGUGUGAGCCAUGCAGCCCAAAUGUCCGCUUCCUCCCUCGACAGUUCAGACUCACCAAUACCACAGUGACAGUGACAGACCUGCUGGCACACACUAACUACACCUUUGAAAUCGAUGCUGUGAACGGGGUGUCAGAGCUGAGCUCACCACCAAGACAGUUUGCUGCAGUCAGCAUCACAACCAAUCAGGCUGCUCCAUCACCUAUCAUGACAAUUAAGAAGGAUCGGACAUCUCGAAACAGCAUCUCUUUGUCCUGGCAAGAACCCGAACACCCUAAUGGGAUCAUAUUAGACUACGAGGUCAAAUACUAUGAAAAGCAGGAACAAGAGACAAGUUACACCAUUCUGAGGGCAAGAGGCACAAAUGUUACCAUCAGUAGCCUCAAGCCUGAUACUACAUAUGUAUUCCAAAUCCGAGCCCGAACCGCAGCUGGAUAUGGGAGCAACAGUCGCAAGUUUGAGUUCGAAACUAGUCCCGACUCUUUCUCUAUCUCUGGUGAAAAUAGUCAAGUGGUAAUGAUUGCCAUUUCAGCGGCAGUAGCAAUUAUUCUCCUCACAGUGGUCACCUACGUUUCGAUUGGGAGGUUCUGUGGCUAUAAAAAGUCAAAACAUGGUACAGAUGAAAAAAGACUUCAUUUUGGGAAUGGACAUUUAAAACUUCCAGGACUCAGGACUUACGUUGAUCCACACACAUAUGAAGACCCUACCCAAGCAGUUCAUGAGUUUGCUAAGGAAUUGGACGCCACCAACAUAUCCAUUGACAAAGUUGUUGGAGCAGGUGAGUUUGGAGAGGUGUGCAGUGGUCUAAAACUUCCAUCCAAAAAAGAGAUUUCAGUUGCCAUCAAGACCCUGAAAGUAGGCUACACAGAAAAGCAAAGGAGAGAUUUCCUGGGAGAAGCAAGCAUUAUGGGACAAUUCGACCAUCCCAACAUCAUUCGACUGGAGGGAUUAAUUACCCUCAGUAAACCAGUUAUGAUUGUCACAGAAUACAUGGAGAAUGGUUCCUUGGACAGUUUCUUACGUAAACAUGAUGCCCAGUUUACAGUCAUCCAGCUAGUGGGGAUGCUUCGGGGGAUAGCAUCUGGCAUGAAAUACCUCUCAGAGAUGGGCUAUGUUCACCGAGACCUCGCUGCCAGGAAUAUCUUGAUCAACAGCAACUUGGUGUGUAAGGUUUCUGACUUCGGACUUUCCCGUGUUCUAGAAGAUGACCCAGAAGCUGCUUACACAACAAGGGGAGGAAAGAUCCCCAUUCGGUGGACAUCACCAGAAGCCAUAGCUUACCGCAAAUUCACAUCAGCCAGCGAUGUAUGGAGUUAUGGGAUUGUUCUCUGGGAGGUGAUGUCCUAUGGAGAGAGACCAUACUGGGAAAUGUCCAAUCAGGACGUAAUUAAAGCUGUGGACGAAGGCUACCGACUGCCGCCUCCCAUGGACUGCCCAGCUGCGUUGUAUCAGCUGAUGCUGGACUGCUGGCAGAAAGACAGAAAUGACAGACCCAAGUUUGAGCAGAUCGUCAGCAUUCUGGACAAGCUUAUCCGGAACCCAGGCAGUCUGAAGAUCAUCACCAGUGCAGCAGCAAGGCCAUCAAACCUUCUUCUGGACCAAAGCAAUGUCGACAUCACCACCUUCCGCACAACAGGUGACUGGCUUAAUGGGGUCCGAACAGCACAGUGCAAGGAAAUCUUCACAGGCGUGGAAUACAGUUCUUGUGAUACCAUAGCCAAGAUUUCCACAGAUGACAUGAAAAAGGUUGGUGUUACUGUGGUUGGACCACAGAAGAAGAUCGUCAGUAGCAUUAAAGCGCUAGAAACGCAAUCAAAGAAUGGUCCAGUUCCAGUGUAAAGCGCUCUUUCGGGAAGGAAGUGGUGGUUGUCGAAGAUGAAGCAUCACUCUGCAGAUAGGUGAUAAUGCUGGAGAAACUGAUGGAAGUUCCAAGCCCAAUAAGACACUCAGAUAUGAGUACAAAUGCCUUAAAAUGGAAUUGAAAAACUCUUUAUUUUCCCCUAUCAUUUAGUGAAUGGGCGGGCGGGUGUAUUUUGUUUUGUAAUUGAUUUUUUAUAUUAGUUGAUGGAUUAAAUUAAAAUUCUUCAGCACGGAGUAAUGAAAAACUAGCAUAGAGACAUGGAUCAUAUACUGACUAUUAUAAAAGCAAAACAAGUGAAAUAACAAAAUGAACAUGGAAGCUCUGUUUACUAAUAGCCACAAGAGAAAAAGACUUGUGAUAUUUUUAUACACAGAAGAAAUCUGUAACAGGUAUUUUUUUUUUCUUUAAAAGCAAGCAAAACAGAGGAAUUUAUACCUCAAACUAUCUGGCCAUAUAUACUACCUUUUCAUUGUAUUAUUCUCUUUUAUCUGUUAAAAGUAUAUAGAAAUGAAGUUUGUAGUUGUUUUAAGUAGUACACAUUUUUAAUUGUUAGCUUCCUUAAGUAUUAUCAUGUAAAAAAUGUGUCUUAAUUUUUAAGAAAAAUACAUAUUUAUUUUCUUUUGAAUUGUUUUUAUUGUUUUCUAUUUAUGCCUUGAUGAUUUAAUUUGGAUUUGUUACAGCCAAGUGCCAAAUGCCCUCUCAAAUUGUCAGCGGUAGGAAACAUGGUAAACUAGACAUAGAGAAUGAUGGGUUUCUUUCCAGAUUUUU